UUGGGACUCUACUCUCUCUCUAAUUCUCUAAUCGAGGUUCGAGUUGUUCCCUUUUUGAAAAUACCUCCCUCCUUUUGCUUUUGCUUUUGCCUCUGCAUUUCUCAUUUGUCCACGUUCCAUCACCUCAAAAAUCCCACUGAAGAAAAAUCAUACUGUAUAUAUAUGUCAAUCAUUCUGUUACUGAUUUGACUCCCUCUCUUGGUUUCUUUACAAUAUAAUUCAAUCCCCAGUUAUAUUUGGCAACACAGACACACUUCCAUUUAGUCCAUCUCUCAAUUCUCUCAAAUGGGUUUUCGCUACACCACCAGUUCUAUCAUCUUUCUGAUGAUUUUGAGCUCUACCCAGAUAAGAUUCAUGGCUGAAAGCAGAGUACUUCUCAAGAAGGAUGACACUUCCCAGACAGUGAAUGAAGACAAUAAGGCAAGACUGAGAGCACAAAUUGGUUCAAGGCCUCCAAGGUGUGAAGGAAGGUGCAGCUCAUGUGGCCCUUGUGAGGCAAUUCAAGUUCCUAACAAUUUUCAAGCCAAACCAGGUAAAAGGAACUCUUCAUCAGUUGUAACCAACAUUGCAUAUGCCAGAGGAGGCGAGUAUUCAAGCAACUACAAGCCCAUGAGUUGGAAAUGCAAAUGUGGCACCAUCAUCUUCAACCCCUGAUCAAGAUUGAUUCAUCAUCUUCACUAUUACCACUUGAUUUUUUGGUGGAUUUGGAGCAUACCCAUUAUUGGAUAUUGUAAAUGGUUGAUACUAGUAGCAAAGAUUAAUUAAAUUUUGGUUCUUGAAUCCAUGCAAUCCAGCUAGCUAGCCUAUUAACCUCUAAUGCUUCUUCUGUAAUAUUAGUGAUUAUCAUGUAUAAUAUACUAGAGCAAAUAUUAUUGCUUAUUUGCUUGGAA